AUGGCCCCUAUCUUCGGUCAUGGAAUCAAUGUUGGAGACAUCAGUGACCACCGGAUAGCAGAGGCCUCUGGUCUGGCGUCUAGUAGAGUUCACGCCAGUGUCCUGUACACACACAAUGACAAGGGGGACUCGUCCAGAAUAUUUGCUGUGGACGCCGACUCCGGACACGUCCUGGCCGAACUUAACAUUAAUAAUGCCAGAAAUUAUGACUGGGAGGAUAUCGCUGUGGGGGUCUGUCCUAAUGCACCCUCAAAAUCCUGUAUUUACAUAGGAGAUACCGGUGACCACUCAGGGGACGGGAGCGUGAAGAAUAUUUACUUGGUAGAGGAACCACUUCUACUGAAGGAUGGAAGUUUGAACCCCAUAGCUACACUUCAUUAUGAGUGGAACGUCAUAGAUGCCGAAACGUUAAUGGUGGAUCCAAAUGGCAAUGUGAUUCUCAUAACAAAAGUUCACGGUGGCCUUGGACAGAUUGGAAUAAUUCCCUCUUCGGCUUUUCUUAGCACUUCUACGUACCAGAUAACUAGGUCAAGCACCCUUAAUAUUCCUCCCACAACUCACAACGAUCCUGUGGGUGGAGACAUAUCCCCCAACGGCCGCGAGGUGCUCUUGAGAACACACAAUACAAUAUAUUACUGGAGAGUGGAUAAUAUGGACUAUUUGACUGCUCUCAGUACCGCUGACCCCGUGGUGGUAUCACACGUCAAAGAGCACCAAGGCGAGGCUGUGGCAUGGGACGCGCUUGGAAACGGUUACUUCACGUGCAGUGAGGGACAUAACGAACCGAUUUACUACUUCAGGCGAAAUUCCUUUUAAU